CUUCGUUACGCCCCGCUACGCUUCGUUAAGUGUCUGUAGCUUACACGUAAACAUAAACAGAAACACUUAAAAGAAAUAACGAAGGCACCUGUCAACAUUCUAAACAAGUUUGGAUUUCUUCCGUAAAUCAUGGCAAUAAUGGAGAGUCAUCCACCAGUGAAUCUUGUGCGAUCAAUUUUCCUAUGCAACAUCUUCAACUUUUUUCUAUCUGCCAGCAAAGCAUGCCUGAUUCCAUUUCUGACACUGUAUUUGAAGAAACUAGGGAUACCAGCAACUCAAGUCGGUUUCAUUAUUUGUGCUAAGACUGUGGUUGGCCUGAUAUUUGCUCCGCUGUGGUCAAUGUGUGCAGUCAGAUGUGGCAAGAGGCGUUUUGUCCUGUUGUUUUCGUUGCUUGUCAUGGCUGCUACCUACCUGUCUUUGACAGCAGUACCAAGUUUUGACAAAAGUCAGUUUAUCUCAAAGUGUGUUCAAAAUCCAGCGUUCAAUGAAUCACAGCGGGUCACUUCAAUUGAUGCUCAACUUGGAAAGAAUUCUCCAGGAAAUGAAAGCGUGAACAGUAACGAGUCACAUCAUGUCGUAGCUAGUGAAAUUCCUGUUUUACCUGUAGCUUCACCAAAACACACUGACCAAUCAGCUUCUCCCAAAACGAACGUCAGCGAAGAAAUCCUGCACCUGCCUGACCAAAUUAAAUCCACAACAGCAGCUCAGACUCCUGCACCUGCAUUUUCAACUUUAUCUGAUAUAACUCCAACUCCCAAACAUGAAGAAAUAACACAAAAACCAAACGAUGAGCUCAAAGCUGUCCUGCAGGAAAUUUUGAUUGCGGUAGGAAUUCCUGCCAGGAAAGUAAAAGCCAUGUCAACAGACCACAUGUCCUCAUUGAUUUCAACUAUGAUGGACAAUCCAAAUGAUAAAAAUAUUCUUGACGAAGCCUUGGAAAAGCUUUCUCCAGAAGCUCUGCAGACACUACAAGAAAUGACUGCUCGUAAGAGAAGGGAUGUUGCAGAUAGCGGAACUAGUGUUUAUCAGAAUGCUGAGAACGCUUCAGAAUCAUCUGAACCUUCUUAUAAAGUGUGGCUGAAAAAGCUUUUCAAGGAAGGUGUCAGAGUUCGGGAUCAAUUGAUAAAGACUGAAUUUCAUAUGUUUGUUGUUGUCUUAGUUGUUUUGAUGGUUGGUGAAGCAUUCUGCAGUCCUAUUGAGAAAAUUGCGGAUGACGGUUGGUUUGAAUUUCUAGAAAGCAUUGAUGACCUAGAAAAGUAUGGCAUGCAAAAGAUUUGGUCAACGUUUGCUUACAUUCUGUUUCCUUUUAUUGUGACAUUAUCUGUGGACAAUACAGACUGUCUGUUUGGUUGGACCGUACACCCAUUUAUGUUGCAUUUGUACCUUUUCGGGGCCCUGCUGGGUGUAACAUUCAUUAUUGCCAUGUUCUACCCGAUGACUAUCUCGGAGAAGUAUAAGUAUGCAAGUAAGGUGGGAAAAGGCAUGAGACAGAUCUGCUGCAGUGGUAGAAGCCUGAUGCUUACAAUAACUUUACUUCUGAUGGGCAUUGUGUACGCCAGCUACUACAACUUCCUGUUCUGGCUCCUUGACGACCUUCAAAGUGGUGAAUUCACGAUGGGCAUGUGUUUGACCCUGGCGGCUUUAUCUGAAGUGCCGAUGCUGCUCUUCACUGAGAAGCUCGUGAAGAAGAUCGGUAACGGUGGCGUAGUGGCCCUGUCACUUUUUUUUCUAUCACUGCGAUGCCUUUACUACUCGUUCCUUACCACACCAUGGGCAGUCCUUCCAGCGGAAUUAAGCCACGCCUUCACUCAUACAGCAAUGUGGUGGGCCGUACUAAGCUCGUCUUCCUUCAAUACGUCACCAGUUUUGAGCCGCAGCAUACGCUCAAUUUUGUCUUCCGUCUAUUUCGGAGUAGGCUUCGCCACAGGAAGUCUGGUGUCUGGUAUCGUGUGGGAUGUCUAUGGAAAGGCCAUACUCUUCCAGGCAGGGGCAGUCCUGUCCAUUGCCUGGUUUGUGGUGGCCAGCAUAGGGCUUCGCUGCUGUCGUGAGAAAGACCGCAGUACGGUGAAAUACUCCCGCUUGUUGAACUCUGACGAUGUGUCUGACACUGAUUCUGCUGAAGAUGACUGGCUAGAACAUGCCCUUAAAGAUCGUUGAAAAGGUAUUUCUUGUUUGAAUGUGAAAGGAUAUGAAGUGUUAGGGUGUCUAUUGGAUGAUAUAUCUCAUUAUCUGUUACCAACAAAAUAAGAUUAAUAACAGUUGUAUGUGUGCUUUGACCAGAAUAGCAGUGUAAUGAAGCUAGAGUUAACUAUUUCAAUGGCUAGACAGAAAGUGAGUGUGCUAAGUGCCUUUAUAUAAAAGAACCAUUAAAAUGAACUCAUUUUGCAUUUACAUGUACACAGUUUCAGUGGUAAUUUUAAGGUUGAAGAGUGUAUUUUCUCUUCGUUGUUUUGUUUAUAAUACAAUAUAUAAUCAUUAAUCUUAGUUCUUUUAAUGUAUACUUGAAAGUGUAUGCUGUUUAUGAAUAGUUAGUUUUGAAAAUGUAAUUACUUCAAAAGAAUUGUUUCAACAAAAAAUUAAUACUAAAUAGCAAUUAAGAUGGAAAAAUAUAAAUUAAAUGUUUUGGAAUUAAAUAAAAGUCGACCAUUGAAAUAAUGUUCAACUAUACAUUUAGAAUUUUGGCUCUGCUAUAUGUUCUUUUUUGCAGUUUUUACUAAUAUAAUUAAAAUAAAAUCUGUUUUACUGUUGCAAAUUGUGUAUGCAUAAUUGUUGUUAUACAAGGUUAUACAUGGUCUUUUGUGAUCACAUUCCAAUAUGCACAUUUCCAAAAUGACGCAAUUCCAAAGUUUACUUGAUUUAAAUUAUUACUGUUUUUGUUAUACCUACUAUGACUUACUUGUAAAUUGCUUUAGUAUGUUUUUUAUUUGCUAUAUGUUCUGACUUUGCAUUUAAUAACUUUACAGCUGUUGCAUUUAUUAUUAUUGAGUGUUCUCUAUUUACUAGUAUGAGUUAUUUUACUCAUUCUCUGUGUAUUAAUUACUUUUUUUUAUCACCCAUAUUGUAAAUUUCUGUGUAUUUUUGCUUGCCAAUAUUAGUGUGACACUGACCUUUAUGCAUUAUGGCAUUAACCCUUUACCACUUAGAUACUCUCCUGCAUUUUGUAGUCCCUUAGACAGUUCAAUUUAAUUAAAAACAUUUCUUACUAAAUUCAAGUUUUAAAGUCGAACAGCAUAAAACCUGAACAGACUGUGAGUUACUUGCAGGCUGUUCUGGUUUUAUGCUGUUGGCGCAUAUCCAUUUUCACUUUGCAUCUGAGAGGAAAAUGGUUAAUAUAUUUAAGUACUGCUAUCAUGUAUACUUUAGUUUUGUUAUCGGAUCUGCUUAAAUAGAUUCAAAAACGACCCUCAAACUUACUAUUAUCAUGUCUUCCAUCUAUUUGAACACGUUAACAAACUGAAACAAAUAUAAUUAUCAGGCUCAAGUCAAGUAUGUUAUUCAUGCUUAUGUGAAUGAUGGUGAUCUGUAACAAUUUAUAAAUGCAUAAAAUAAUGCACAGUUUAAUUGCACACUGCAGGGACUUGAAUCUUGAUGUGGGAAACAUGUGCACUCUAGAGGGACUUGUAUUUUUAUGUGUGAAACAAUUUAGGCUUAAACAGCUGUCAUCACGAUUGUAAUAUUAUGUGCAAUGUGGCUUAGUUAUUAUAAAGGGGUUUGUGAUAGUAAUGCAAUAUUUCAUCCAUGACAUAUUGUUAUGCAAAAUGGUAUUAAUCUAUUGUACAAGUGCCUUUUAUCUGAAGAUUUGUUUUUAUUUCAAAACAGUGGUUAUAGUUAAAUGUUCCAAUAGUUAUUUCAAUUUUAAAGCUAAAAAAAAAGAAUGUAAUGUGAUUCCUAGUAAUAUUGUGCAUGGAUGUACAAGUUGCAAAACAUGUACUGGUACUCCACUUUGAUGGAGUAAAGGUAAAAUAAGGAUUUCAAUAGAUUUAGAAAACCAGUUUUCCAAAGACUAUUAUUUUGAAUGUCAAGCAGUCACCAGUUAUUUUGAAGAUUUAAUUACUCAAGUAAUAGCAGCUGUUUUGUUUCUUCCAUUCCUAAAUUGCUUAAAAUUUUUGCUUUCUUUGAGUACUAUAUAGUGUAUAUUUAGAAAUACUUACCCAAGAAAUAUAGCACCUAUGUUGUAAAUGCAGUAGAAUAAUUAUUAAUGUAAUUCCUGUCUACCAUGUUUGAAGAAAAUACAAAACUUAAUGCACUCAUUUAUAUUCAUGUAUUCACAUAUUCAUUCAUAUAAUAACUAGAUCUUGACAAGGACUAAGACAGUACUCAAGCUCAAACUUUAUCUAUCAGCAAUUUAAGCUAUUUAGAAAGAAAAAUCUUAGAAGAAAGGUUUUUGGUCUGUUUAUUUAAAAUGAAAACUUGUGUAGUUUAAAGAACAGUUUUGCCAAACAUGUGAUAUGCUUGAUUUUUGUUUUCUUGUUUAUUUAUUAAACACAGCUUGUCAGUGUCUUCCAGAUGCAAUAUUUCUUCCAUAGAUGAUAUUCAUAUACAUGUUCAUUCCAUAUCAGUGUAACUGUCAUUAUUAUGCCCCCCCUCGAAGAAGAGGGGGUAUAUUGCUUUGCUCAUGUCGGUCUGUCGGUCGGUCUGUCGGUCCGUCCACCAGGUGGUUGUCAGACGAUAACUCAAGAACGCUUGGGCCUAGGAUCAUGAAACUUCAUAGGUACAUUGAUCAUGACUCGCAGAUGACCCCUAUUGAUUUUGAGGUCACUAGGUCAAAGGUCAAGGUCACAGUGACCCGAAAUAGUAAAAUGGUUUUUGAAUGAUAAUUCAAGAACGCAUACGCCUAGGAUCAUGAAACUUCAUGGGUAGAUUGAUCAUGACUGGCAGAUGACCCCUAUUGAUUUUGAGGUCACUAGGUCAAAGGUCAAGGUCACGGUGACCCGAAAUAGUAAAAUGGUUUCCGGAUGAUAACUCAAGAAUGCAUACGCCUAGGAUCAUGAAACUUCAUGGGUAGAUUGAUCAUGACUUGCAGAUGACCCCUAUUGAUUUUGAGGUCACUAGGUCAAGGUCACGGUGACCCGAAAUAGUAAAAUGGUUUUCAGAUGAUAACUCAAGAACGCAUAUGCCUAGGAUCAUGAAACUUCACAUGUAGAUUGAUCAUGACUCGCAGAUGUACCCUAUUGAUUUUGAGGUCACAAGGUCAAAGGUCAAGAUCACGGUGACCCGAAAUAGUAAAAUGAUUUUCGGAUGAUAACUCAAGAACGCUUUUGCCUAGGAUCAUGACACUUCAUAGGUACAUUGAUCGUGACUUGCAGAUGACCCCUAUUGAUUUUCAGGUCACUAGAUCAAAGGUCAAGGUCACAGUGACAAAAAACGUAUUCACACAAUGGCUGCCACUACAACGGACAGCCCAUAUGGGGGGCAUGCAUGUUUUACAAACAGCCCUUGUUAUACUAUGCAAUCCAAAAGUUACUUCCUUUCCUUAUAUUUUAUUGUUUGUUUAUUUUACUCUGUUGUGUCAGUCAGUGUUGUAACCAUACUUCAAACGUGCCUUGGAAUCUUAUUAGAAUACUCUCAUAUUUUAAUAUAAGAUGUUGCUUGUUACUAUUUAAAUGUAUUUGUGCAAUGGAAACUUUGUGAUUCAAAAAGGAUAUUUUCUAUACUUGUUUGAAAUCCAUAUAUAAUACAAGUAUUAAAUCAUUGUUCCAACAAAACCCACAAAUUUACGCAAUUAUAGGUUGUGGUGUUGAACAAGUGUGAAAUCCAUGACAGUUAUUACAUGUUUUUCUGUUAAACAUUAUUUCACAUUUCUCAGCAUUUCCAUUGUGUUUUAUAUCUUGUACAUGUAUUGUAAAAUAAACUGUAAAACGUUUGUUACACGUGCAAAUUAUGCAAUGGGUGAUUUUCCCUCUGUCUGUUUCCUCAGUUAACUUAUAAUUUUACACAAUAAAGGAAUGUUUACCUGUCAAGAUAUGAUCUCAAUGUCAUGACAUUUGUAUUUGUUAUGUCAAUAUCAAAUUACAUUUAAGCUUUUUAUAAAUAAAAUAGUUUUAACUAAAAAUAAUUUGAAAACUGCAUACUUAAUAAACUAUUAUACAGCCUUUGUUUGCAACUUUGAGAUUAAACUAUUAUUGUGUUGUGGUAGGUAAUGAACAAUCUGUAUAAAUACAAAUUCGAGAUUAUUUUUGUGUUCUAUUUACUUUUAUGUACAUGUAUUUGUUACAUUCUUUACAAAUGCAUGCUCAUGCUCGCAUAUUUGACUUUGUGGAAACACCUACUUAGGUGCUUGUUACUUUGCUUGCUGUUUUAAUUACUUUUAGUUUGUAUAUUUCGAGGGUUUAUUGUUUGCUCAAUUUUGUAUGUGAAUAAAUUGCAAACAAAUAUGUAAUUAUUUACAAAUGAUACAUGACAAAGAGGGUACAAUUUGUCCAAUAAUUUAUUUGGGUCAUAAAAAGGACACCAUACAAACAUAGGUGCUUAAUUGUUUGCAUUUAUUUCUCAGUAUUGCUGGUUAUUUUCCAACGCUCUCCUCUGUAUAAACGUUUUGAGCGAUUCUCUGGGGAUUAUUUACAGUUGAUUGGUCUUAUAUUUCAGCUGUUAGCAAAUACACAUCUUUGUCUGUGCAAAUGUUUUGAAAGUACAUUUUAAAGGGGCCUUUUCAUGUAAAUUGACAAAACUAUUUACAGUAUAAAAUAUAAACUUACAUUAUGUAUAAAAUACAUCACUGAUUGUAUGAGCACGGAUGGCAGAGUGGUCUAAGCAUUAGACUUUUACUCCAGGGGUCAGUUGUUCGAACUCAGUUCUUUCUUUAAUUUUAUUUUUGUGUUUUACUGGGGCAUUUUAGAUCCAAUGUUUUUUAUUUAUCAAUAUAAAGCAUUUAUUGACAAACUUAAAUUCAUGCCAAAUUCUGUAAAAAGGUGCCUUUCAGCUGAAUGGAAAAUGUUGAUCUUUAUUAUUUUUUCUCACAUUUACAACACACGUUAUAAGAAUGCCUAUUCUAACUUUUGUUUAUUGUAGAUAACACUUAUAUUCAGAUUUAUGUUUGUUAUGUUUACAACAUUUAUUUAGCUUUCGUGAUUUUUUCAUGUUUUCUACCAUGGUAACUAAAGGUUGUGUUAUUGAUGAUUUACAUUACGUUACUUUUUAGUUUUAUUUCUAUUGAAUUGUUCUGGUUAGGGAUACUAUAUUUUGUAUAAAUAGCAGUUUAUUACGGUAUAAAAUAAAAUGGUGCAUCUGCUU